UGUUUUGGUUUUAGUGGCACGGAGUCAUGCACUCACACUAAUGCAAAGCAAGAUGACGAGUACCUUUGAUAUACAGCCUUGCAUUAGAUUUGCCCCACUGUUUUGACAGAUCGAAAAUGAAGAGACAAACACUUGAAAUUGAUUUUGUUUUGAUUUGAAAGGUCAAAGUGACAGCCGCCAACGAAGGAUGUGCUUUUAGACGACAAAAUGGAGAUCGGGAGUUUGGACGAAUCAUCGUGCUUAUUUGAUUCGUUCCGAUUUCCGCUUUAUAUAAAGAAUCUUCUAAUCGCAUUUCGAGCACACCCGAACAACAUCCCGUCCGUUCUUCAAUUACUGGUCAGUUUCAAUUUGGCCUCAAUUUUGACGGAAGACGAUACGACUGUUGUCCAGUACAAGCAUUUCAACGAGCUGAGCCCCGAGCAGCAGACCAUUUUUGGCAAGUUUUCAGAGCAACCAGACGAGCAGCGGGACGAGACGAUCCAAGAAGUCCACCAAUCCUUCUGCAAACCAGAACCGGAGUCGGCGAUCGACAUCGACCAAAGUGCUUCAUCUUGUCCGGAUAAUUCAUCCAUGGAUUCCAACAUCAUCGCUCGCUGGCCGCUCCCAUCAGGCUUGGAGAAGGAGGAAGUUAAAGGAGUUGAUGUUCAAGGCAAUGUUUCUAUUGCUCAACCGUCAGGAUAGCACGCCGCUUCUUCCACUACCGUGCUGACGGCCAUUCCUUCUGCUGCCGUCACUUCACCGGCCGUAUCGCUGGCCACUGGUACGUCUGUUGCUGGAACGAGUGUCGCCGCUUCCGCUGCCGUGUUGACGGCCGAUCCAUCUGCGGGCUUAAUCGUAAAAACUUCACCGGCCGACUUGCUUGCGCCCGGCACUUCCGCUAUCGUGCUGACGGCCGAUUUUUCAUCUGCGAGCUAAUCGGCCACUGGAUCUCCAACACCAGAAACGUCUCGCCGGAAGGAUUCAGACAAAGAUGAAGAACUCGAAGACGCUGAAAACCCAGGAGAAAAAGAAAACUCAUUAAGUCACUUCCACAUUCAGUUUACACCAAACCGGCUGAAAUGCUUACUUGCAAAAACGAUUGACGGUCCGGAACUCAUCGAACUUGCUUCGAAGGGAAUUCUUUCCAACAAGCGUCAAAAUUCUCUAGCAUUGAUUGUUAUGAGUUGUUGAAGUUACUGAACUACUUAAAAUAGAAGAAAUUUUGCUCAUUGAUUUUUAUAGUAGGGCAACUUUGGGAGUGUGGUCCUUUUAGUGAUCACUAUUUGGCUCAAGAAGUCAUUAAACAUUCGUCAAUUUACAAAAUGUCUCCGCUUGAAGAUUUCGACGGGCCGCCAAUCAUGAUUCAUUCAAUUAACAAUCAGAUGUUCUAUAGACAUAAGAAUUACUAUCAGUAUGAGGAUAUAACAUUGUAGAGAAAAAACAAUUAUAUUGUAACACAAAACACACCGUAUAACUGUAAUAAAACAGUUCAUUUACCAAAAAUGUAA